CCGAGAUGGUCGGAGUUGCAAACCUUGUUCUUUUUAUGGUCUUGAAGAAGCGCUUUUAAUACUUGAUUAUAUCAACGUCAUAAGUGUUUUCCGACUUGAGACGUCAUGUCUUUGGCCGAUGAGCUGCUGGCUGAUCUCGAGGAAGGUGGAGAAGAUGUUGAGCAGGAUGAGGACGAAGUUCAGGCUGAGAUCGCCAAUGUUGAAGAGGUUACCAUGGAGAUGGACAAACAGUAUUCAUCAGUCAGCUGUGUGGCCAAACUGAGAGAUAGCAAAGAGCUUGCUAAGAUCAUGGCCAGUGUGCGAAAAUAUUCAAAGCAAUCCAAGCGAGACAGUGUGUCGGGUCCUGUAGAGGCAGACCCCGAGUACAUGCUGGUUGUCGCGGCCAACAACAUGACUGUGGAGAUUGACAAUGAAAUCAAUGUAAUCCACAAGUUUGCUCGAGAUCUGUAUUCCAAACGGUUUCCAGAAUUAGAAUCAUUGGUACAGACGCCCAUGGAAUACAUAUACACAGUGAAG